AUGGAGGCAGAGAGCAGCAGCGGCUUGUCCGCGAUGCCCGGCGGCAGCGGCAGCGACGGUGGCGGCGACGGUAGCGGGGGUCUCAAAGCCCCCAAGCAUCUGUGGCGGCAAGAUCAACACUACCCACCGCAGCUGCGGCAGCACCAGUUCCUCCAGCACCAGCAGCACCCCGGGCAGCCGCCGCCGUCCCCGGUCUCGCGGGGCCGCUGCCUGGCCGGGGCUCGCGUCAGGCACCGCGGCUACUCCGACACGGAGCGGUACCUCUACUGCCAAGCCGUGGACCGCGCCUCCUACGCCGUGGAGACCGGCCACCGGCCCGGCUUGAAAAAAUCGCGGAUGUCCUGGCCCUCCUCCUUCCAGGGACUCAGACGUUUCGAUGUAGACAAUGGCACAUCAUCAGGACGAAGUCCCUUGGACCCCAUGACAAGCCCUGGGUCAGGGCUAAUUCUUCAGGCAAAUUUUGUCCACAGUCAGCGUAGGGAGUCUUUCCUUUACCGGUCAGACAGUGAUUAUGAUCUGUCUCCAAAGUCCAUGUCCAGGAAUUCCUCCAUUGCCAGUGAUAUACAUGGAGAUGACUUGAUUGUGACACCAUUUGCUCAGGUUCUGGCCAGCUUGCGUACAGUCCGGAAUAACUUUGCUGCAUUAACCAAUUUACAAGACCGGGCACCCAGCAAAAGAUCACCCAUGUGUAGCCAACCAUCUAUUAACAAAGCAACUAUAACAGAGGAGGCCUACCAGAAACUGGCUAGCGAGACCAUGGAGGAGCUGGACUGGUGCCUGGACCAGCUGGAGACCCUGCAGACCAGGCACUCCGUCAGCGAAAUGGCCUCGAACAAGUUUAAAAGAAUGCUCAACCGUGAGCUCACCCACCUCUCUGAAAUGAGCAGGUCAGGCAAUCAGGUCUCAGAAUAUAUAUCAAACACUUUCUUAGACAAGCAACAUGAGGUUGAAAUCCCUUCUCCGACACAGAAAGAGAAGGAGAAAAAGAAGAGGCCAAUGUCCCAGAUCAGUGGAGUCAAAAAGCUCAUGCACAGCUCCAGCCUAACUAAUUCCAGUAUUCCCAGGUUCGGAGUUAAAACAGACCAAGAAGAUGUCCUUGCCAAGGAACUUGAAGAUUUGAACAAGUGGGGCCUUCAGGUUUUCAGAGUAGCAGAGUUAUCUGGAAACAGACCUCUGACUGUCAUCAUGCACACUAUUUUUCAGGAGCGGGACUUGUUAAAAACUUUUAAGAUUCCAGUAGAUACUUUAAUAACUUAUUUGAUGACCCUGGAAGACCAUUACCAUGCAGAUGUGGCAUACCACAAUAACAUACAUGCUGCAGAUGUUGUUCAGUCAACCCAUGUCCUACUAUCAACCCCAGCAUUAGAGGCAGUAUUUACUGAUUUGGAGAUUCUUGCAGCAAUUUUUGCCAGUGCAAUACAUGAUGUAGAUCAUCCUGGAGUCUCAAACCAGUUUCUUAUCAACACAAAUUCUGAACUCGCCUUGAUGUACAAUGACUCAUCAGUACUGGAGAAUCAUCACUUAGCUGUGGGUUUCAAGCUGCUGCAGGAAGAAAAUUGUGACAUUUUCCAGAAUUUGACCAAAAAACAGAGACAAUCAUUGAGGAAAAUGGUCAUUGACAUUGUACUUGCAACAGAUAUGUCUAAGCAUAUGAAUCUACUGGCUGAUUUAAAAACUAUGGUUGAAACUAAAAAAGUGACCAGUUCUGGUGUCCUGCUUCUUGAUAACUAUUCAGACAGGAUUCAGGUUCUUCAGAAUAUGGUGCACUGUGCAGAUCUGAGCAAUCCUACCAAGCCGCUCCAUCUCUACCGCCAAUGGACAGACAGAAUAAUGGAGGAAUUUUUCCGUCAGGGAGACCGGGAAAGAGAAAGAGGAAUGGAGAUAAGCCCCAUGUGUGAUAAGCACAAUGCAUCUGUAGAAAAAUCACAGGUGGGUUUUAUAGAUUACAUUGUUCAUCCUUUGUGGGAGACAUGGGCAGAUCUUGUUCACCCGGAUGCCCAGGAUAUCUUAGAUACACUGGAGGACAAUCGAGAAUGGUACCAGAGCACAAUCCCUCGAAGUCCCUCUCCUGCACCUGAAGAAAAAGAAGAGGGAAAGCAGGGUCAAACUGAAAAAUUCCAGUUUGAACUUACACUGGAGGAAGAUGGUGAGUCAGACACGGAAAAGGAUAGUGGAAGUCAAGUAGAAGAAGACACCAGCUUCAGUGACUCCAAGACUCUUUGCACCCAGGAUUCAGAAUCCACUGAAAUUCCUCUUGAUGAACAAGUAGGGGAAGAAGUGGAAGAGGAGGAGAACCAAACAGCAGAGCCUUGUAUGGUAGAAGAACAUUCUCCUGACACAUAACAAUGAAAACGCAGUCUUUUUCUCUCUUGCUCUCUUCCUUUCUUUUCCUUUUUCUCUUUUUCUUUUUCUUAUUUUAUUUUGGGGGGGGUGGGAGGGGAGGGUGGGGAUGGGGCAAUUUCAGUUUUGUUUUGAAUUUGUUUUUUGUUUGUUUCUUUUUGUUUGGUUGGUUGUUUUUUGUUUUUUUUUUUUUUAAUGUAGGUAAUGAUUUCUGAAGUAUAUGUCACAUACUACAGCCGCUGUCAGACCUUGGUGUUAUCUGCCAGGAUGAUUGUUGAUCAAAACUGAAGUUGACUCAGUUUGGCACUCAGGAAUAUUGUAACCAGAAUUUUCACCUCCAUGGCAUCAGAAAGCUGGGGGAAAAUAUCCAUAAAUUACAUUUUAAUAAGGUCUUUAUUUGGCAGAUUCCACUAAAUAAAGCAAAUGCUUUCAGAGGAGUACCAACUGCCAAACAAAUGUUGGUGUGCUUUGAUAGUUUUUGAAUUCAUUGUAUUGUGUUUUAAGACAUUGGAUAAUGUUCAUUUGAAGAGGAAACACACAGAGAAAACAUAGAGGUUCCUACUGGAAAAGAAAUUCACAAAAAAUAUGGGAGAAAAAUGGAUUCUGUUACCAACAUGAAGAUAAGCUGUGAAAAUUGCAUAAUUUUCUAAUUUCUAAUCUUCUGAGACAUGACUCAAAAAACUGUAACCCAGUGGGUUGCACUAGCCUCCCCAUUUUGUAUAAUAUGUGAAAGAGAGAUCUUUUUUAGAUCUUAUUGUAUUAAAUAUACCAAGGUAUUAUAUUAAAAAAAAAAAAAACACUUUCAUCUGCCACUGGUU